AUGACUGAGGCCACUUCCUCCCUGAAACUUGAAGCAGUAGAAAGAGAGAAACUUCCUGGUUCUGCUCCUCAGAGAGGCGUAGAUGAGAGUGUGAGAGCCCAAGUGACUCAUAAGGAUAGACCUGGGCACGAGGAGGAGGAAAAACAUUUGCUUAAAUUAUCAUCUCUUCUCCCUUCUGCCAGACGUGAUUGGCUCCGUCCUCCCGGCCCGGCCUGCCACCUUACCAGCCGUCCGGCCUUCCGGUUCUCUCGCUCCUCUCCGGUCCGCUCAGUCCGUGCUAUGGAGAGUACUGGCUCCCUCCUGGCCCCAAGGAGUCCACCUCAGCACGACAGCCCCAGCUUCCCGACCUCUCUGGAAAGACGGCUCCUGUCUCCGGACUUCACCUCCAGUCAGCCCCAGAGCUCCUUGGCCCUGGACAGUCCCCACGCACCUACUGGGCCCGCGACAGAGGAGAGAACUGACUCGGAGGAGGUCGUGACCUAUAUUUCGGAGAGCAUGGUCGUGACUUCGGCUGAUGAGGAGAAGCUGCUUCUGCUUAACAAGAACACCGAGCUGCGACGCCUCAACAAGGAGCUAGUGAAGCUGAACCAGGAGUGGGACCAUAUCUACCGCAGCACCACCCUGGAGAUGCAGCAGAAGCUGGGGUCGCUGCAGGCCGAGGUGGUCAGCCUCAAACAGAAGACGGAGAGGCUGACCAUGAAGCUGGAGCAUGAGCAGAACAAGAGGGAGUACUACGAGCAAACCCUGGUGCAGGAACUUAAGAAGAACCAGCACUUGCAGGAGUACGUGAGACACCUGGAGAGCAAGAUGCCACUGAGUGGCAACGCAAAGCCUCCUCUGACCCUGGGGGUGCCUUUCUCUGCCACUUGGGAGGACUACGGCGAUCCCCCCUUCCCGCUGGCCAGGAAGAGCUUGAAGGACAACGCUCCGCGCAAAUACGAAGCAGCGGGCCAGAAGGGGCGGAACGGCGAGCCGCCCAAGACCCCCAGGCACAAGCUCCUCUCGUCGCCCGGCCGGGCCCUGCUGGACGGCUCCGACCCCAAGAAGGAGGUGACCGACCUGAAGGAUCAGUUGGAAGUCUUGAGGUGUCAGACGGAGAUUUACGAGGCCGACUAUCUGACCGAGCACAAAGACCGGGAACGAAUCAAGGCGGAGAACGUGAAGCUCCGCAAGAAGGAAGAAGAAAUGAGGCAACAGAUGAUGCUUCUGCAAGAACAGCUCAAGAUCUUCGAAGACGACUUCCGGAAGGAGCGGUCCGACAAACAGGUGCUGCAGCGUCUCCUGAAGAGCAAGUCCGAGGCCCAGAAGCCCGUCCUGGUGCAUCGCUGCAACGGCCACGAGAAGUCGCCGGGCCCCUCGCCGGCCUCCUCCCCGCAGCCCAAGCAGGGCGGCGGCGGCGGCGGCGGCAAGCGCUGCGACAGGCCCAGCCCCAAGCACGGUGACUGUCCCAGGCACUGCCGCCGGCGGGAGGCCCAGGCCCAGGCCUCUCCCUUCACCCGGGACUAUUAGGGGCCGGGGGUCACUCGGCGCCUGCCCUUCCUUCCCGCCUCUUCCUCGAAGCCGAGACUAAACUACCCGGCUCUCCUUCAGUCCUCCCGGCCCCCGCGGGACUGAAAUCCCAGCCUUGAA